AUGCCACCUUCGAUCGAUGCAGGCUCAGAUAUUAGGAUUGAUGUUGGUCAAGAUGGUGAUCAUUUCAAUGUUGGAGUCAUGUACAGGUUGCUUGACGAUUGUGAGGACAAUACAAGUAUCGUUUCAUGGAAAUACAUUUGGAAAAUCCAAGCAACGAAACAAGUUCGAUGCUCUGUUUGGAUCCUUCAUCGUGACAUAUUGCUCACAAAUAGUAGAAAGCACAUAAUGGGUCUUGGCAGCGCUAUGUGUUCCUUUUGCAACAAUAUUGAAGAAGAUACUAACAAACAGUUUAACUUUUUUGCAAGUAACUUGAAGGAUUGGAUCUCUUCUAAUAUGAAUUGUAACUUAUGGUGGAAUGCAGAUAAAGAUUGGAUGACCUUUUGGGCUACCGCUUACCAUAGCAUUUGGACGUGGCAUAAUAGGGAGACACGUGAUGGAAGCCUCAAUAGACCGUUGUGCAUGAUAACUCACAUCAACAAUUUGGUCCAGGAUUACGAGCAUGUGAAAACUGCAGCAAACAUCAACUUAUGCCUCAUAGAGUUGCCUCAUAGAGUUUUGCGUUUCAUGAAGUGGGAAGCGUCUAUGGUGGGCUGGGUUAAAUUGAAUACAAAUGAAGCUAGGGACAACCACAGAAAUACAACUUGUGGUGGUAUCAUCAGAGGGAGUAAGAGAGAGUGGGUUGGAGGUUUCUCUAAAUAUAUUGGAAUAAGUAGUGUUUACAUAACAAAACUUUGA